AUGGCAGCUCGUUUGGGAAAAAGUGUGCAAAAUUGUCAUCGAGUUGCUGGCUUUCUAUAUAUUGCUGAAUUAGCACACUCGAUCGGUAAUAAGUAUCUAGAAAAGUAUCAUCAUUUUCCAAGCAACGGUAUUAUUACGUCUGAAUUUGUCGAUCGUAUUGAAAACUUAUAUACUGACCAUCUAAUGAAUAACAAUAAAGACGAAAUGCAGCAUUGUAUUUCACUUGAAAUAGUUGAACGAUGUCGUGACCUUGUUAUUGGCAACAUCGAGCAAUAUAAAUUACUCAUGUAUUUAAGUCCAGAAGAAAAAUUUUCAGAAACCAAAUCAUCUUCGUCAUCGACAACAUCUUGCAAACACGAACAAAACAAUGAACAAUUAUCUAAAAAACAAAAACGUAUUAUACGAUUGCAACCACGCAUGACUGAAAUAAUGGCUCGGGUGCUACUGUUUAGAUCAGUUACUUUUACAUCUAGUAGCCUUUAUACUGACCGAGUCAUCAAGCGAUCAGCCAGCAUUCUUGGUUCGGCAAUAGAAAAAUUAAUUGAAUUAGAUUUUAUUCUUAUAGUAAAGAAAGGUUUAUUCAGUUCAAAAUGGACAUCUAUAUAUGUUAAAGCAUUGCCUGAUCCAUUUUCAAUCAAUGAUCAAAUGAAUUUUGAAUGUAAAUUAGGUGAACUAGGUGUCUCUGAACUUAAUUUCGAGACCUACCGAGAUACUUGUCAUGAACUUCUCAUCGAGGGGAAGGGAACAGUAUCCGAUGAAUUAAUUCGUGUUUUGCAACGGCCGGAAUAUUUGGCAUUAAAUCUUGACACUAGUAGUCUUCUUCAAAGAUCCACAAAUUCAAAAUCGAUUGACAAUGAAGCUGCUAAUUCUAAAUCAUUUGUAAAUGAAGAUACUAAUUCUCAAUCAAUUGAAAAUGAAGAUACUAAUUCUAAAUCGAUUGAAAAUGAAGAUGUCAAUUCAUUACAUACGUCAACUAGUAUGUAUCUCAAGAAUAAUAAAAGUGAAAUUCUUAAUUUUAAUAAAGGUUUUGCAAAUAAAAUAACUACAACUAUUCAAUCUGUCAUAUCAUCGCAUGGCGAUUCACAUGAUGCUGAUCCAGUAUGGAGUACAGAAAAUGAUUUGUAUGAGUUAAUGUCUCAAGUUGAAGAAGAUCUCGAGUCAAAUUGCAAUAAUAAUUUCGAUGAUAUAAUGACUCAUAUAUCUAAUGAUACAAAUCAUUUGUCUGGUGACAUGAUAAAGCAUUUCUGCGCUGGUAAUUUUCAAACAGUUGCAAGUGAAUCUCCUGAAAAUAACGAUUAUCUCAAUAACGUGAUUGAUACAAUUGAAUCAGGCUCUGUAAACUGUAAUACCAUUGAAAAUGCCAUCGUGAAUAAUCCAGGUCCAAUCACCGAAGAUGACAAUGCAUCUACUCAUAAUAAUCUUGAUGUACAAGAAACUACAUUUGCAAAUCACAAAAAUAUUGUCCUUAAUCAAGAAGAUUAUGUAGCUCUGAAAUCAACGUUUAGCCCCAUUUCGCAGACUACGCCGCAAAAAAUAGUUUCUGUUAUAGGAUUAUUAAAUAAAGCUGAUUAG